GUGUUCUGGAGGUUGUGUUGAGUGUCAUCUUUGUGUUGAUCAUCUUUGUGUUUCAGGAUUCAUCAAACUCAUUAUUUCAUACCCCAUCAUUAUUAUAGAUGUAGAUUUAAGAUUUAUUAGUGUAGUUAUUUAGAGCAAGAUUUAGAGAAUUUAGGCUCGAUCUUUAUCUAGAGAAUUACAGGAUUCGUGGGAAGUUAUACUGAUACUUGAAGUGUAAGUGACACUGUUAGAAAAAUGUAGUGGUAUUGAUCAUUAGUUUGAGAUAUAACUUUGUAGAUUAUUUUUUUUACAGGGUUUAUUACAUUGAACUUGAUUGUAUAAUCUAUGAAGAUCUGCUUUACUUUUCUAGUCACAACAGUGUUUAUUAUAACAAUGGCUACAGGUGGAAAGAAAGCAUCAGAUCAUGAGUCCUGGGAAGAAGAGAUUGAAAAGGGCGAAAAAGAUCAAGAAAAGCUCAUACAUGAUGUAGGUAAGAUUGACCCAAAAUAUAAAGUCAUCACAAAGGAAGAGUAUGAGUAUUUAAUGGCUAUGAAGGCCAGUACACCUCUGACAGGUCCAGGAAAAGGUUUUCCAUUUCCAAGUUCUCCAAUACCAGGUAAAUUUCAACCUGCAUUAAACCCCUCAUUCAAUAUGUCAACUUUGCAGAGUAAUUUCAAUACGACUCCAAAGCUUCCUACAUUUAGUGGCAGUGAGGAACUUCAAAAAGGGGAAGUGACCUAUGAAGUCUGGAGUUUCGAGGUAAGGUGCCUUAGAAAUUCACAGGUGUUGCCUGAUGCUGUAUUACUUCAGACAAUUAGAAAUUCCCUCAAGGGAACUGCAAGGUCAAUGCUGAUUUCACUCGGUGAAUCAGCUACAGCAAGUCAAAUUUUGGAGAAAUUAGAAGGGUUUUAUGGAAUGGUAAGUAGUAGUGAAACUUUAAUGCAACAGUUCUAUAACGACUGUCAGAAAGAAAAUGAGAGUAUUGUGGCUUACGGUUCUAGGUUAGAAUCUACACUAUGUAAGGCAAUCAAACAGGGCCACAUAGAUGACAUUGCAAAAGAUACAAUGCUAUGUAGUAAAUUUUGGACUGGAUUGAGAAGUAAGUCAUUAAGAAAUUCUACUAGAUAUAUCUAUGCAAAUAUAACAGAAUUUCAGGUUUUGCUCAGAGAAAUCAGGAAAGUAGAGCAAGAAAGAGAUCAACAUGGAGACUGUGAACAAAGAUGCCAAGUCUGCAGCUCUCCACAAUCAAUCAAAUCAAGGUUACCCAAAAGAGUAAUCUCUUCUGUUGUGGGGCGAACGGGAGAGAAUACUGAUUUAUGCCCUAAAGAGUUACAGGAUAGGAUGAUAGGUCCAACAAAUGAAGCAUAUGUCAAAAUUUGUGGGAAGAAGGUUUCAAGUCUGAUAGAUAGUGGUUCAAUGGUUACAACCAUUUCAGAGUCAUUUUAUAAUUCUCUGGAGAACAAACCAAGUCUACAUGAAAUAUCUGAAUUUAAAUUAGAUGUUUAUGGUGCAAAUGGGGACAGUUUGCCCUAUUUGGGUUAUGUAGAAGCAGAAAUUGAAGUUCCAUUUAUGCAAGAACCAUUAUUUAUUCCAGCUUUAAUAACUCGGGAUUCAAGCUUCAAUAGUAGAGUUCCAGUUGUUAUUGGGACAAAUGUUAUUAGACUUUGUGUAGAUUUUACAGGUGAGUGUGAAGAAGCAUGGCAAACGGCUAUUAACACUAUGUGUGUUAAUUGCUGUGUACCUGUUAAGACAACUAAUAAAUAUCCUAUACAUUUAGCUCCCAAUGAAGUGAAAUACAUUAGAGGAAUGGUAAGAAACAUGGAAGGGACAGUGAAGACCUUAAUAACAGAACAGCUGGAGAACAGUCAGGCCGGAGUGGUAGUAUGCCCUCGACUGGUAGCGUCCAGUAGUACAGGGAAAAACAAAAGGGUCACAGUUAAGGUAUGUAAUAUCUCGGCUAGUGCUGUUAAGAUACCACCCAAGACGAACAUCUGUAGUGUGAGUCAGGUAAGAGUAGUAGACACCUGGAAUCCACAACAUGCAGAGACCAAACCAGUCAAGAAGAAGGAUUCCACUACCAGAUCAUUAGCAGAUUUAGGGGUGAAGGUCAACACUGACAAACUCUCUAAGGGGGAGGAAAGAGAAGCUUUGCAUACUAUUGGAAAAUGGCAACACUUAUUCUCUACAUCUCCUACAGACCUAGGGAGGACAGAUGUGGUCAAACAUGAGAUAAACCUAACCACAGAAAUACCUUUCAAGGAACCAUACAGACGCAUUCCCCCUGGUAUGAUUGAAGAAGUUAGGCAGACGUUGAAAGAGAUGUUGGAGGCAGGGGCCAUCAGGAAGUCGAGCAGUCCCUACUGUUCUAACGUGGUUCUAUGUAGAAAGUCAGACGGAUCCUUGAGAUUUUGUAUAGACCUGAGGAAGCUUAACAACAGGACUAUCAAGGAUGCGUAUACUCUACCCAGAAUAGAGGACACUUUAGAUAGAUUGGACGGAUCAAGGUAUUUCAGUAAAUUAGAUUUAAAGUCCGGCUACUGGCAGGUCGAGAUUCGUGAGGAAGACAAGAAAAAGAAAGCCUUUACGGUAGGUCCAUUAGGGUUCUUUGAAUGUAACAGGAUGCCGUUUGGUCUCACCAACGCUCCUGCGACAUUCCAAAGACUAAUGGAAAUGUGUAUGGGUGAUAUGAAUCUAAAAGAAUGUUUACUUUUUCUCGAUGAUAUUCUAAUUUUCUCGAGUACAUUUCAGGAACAUCUGGUGAGGUUGGAAUCAGUUUUUCAGAGAUUACAUGACUACAAGUUGAAAUUGAAUCCAAAGAAAUGUGAAUUCUUCAAAAGUCAAGUUCGCUAUUUGGGUCAUGUGGUUUCUGAGAAAGGGAUUAUGACUGAUCCAGAGAAAACAUCAGCUUUAGAAAAUUGGCCUGUUCCAUGUAAUGUAAAGUCAUUAAGAUCUUUCUUAGGGUUUACAGGGUACUAUCGCAGAUUUAUUAAAGACUACGCAAGGAUUGUAAAGCCCUUGAAUGAUCUGCUGAUUGGACAACCUACCAACAAAGCAGCAAAGAAAAACAGAAAGAGAAAGAAAGCUGAGUGGAAAUGGGAUCAACAUUCAGAUAACAGGGUCCCGAACGCAGUACCAGACCAGGAAGUUGCAGAAUCAGAGACAGAGUCCGAAUCUGAGGAUGAGGAAGUUUUGGUAAGGCAUAAAAGAGUCAAACCUAAACAGUAUAUAUCUAGUGUUUCAGAUAGGUCAAGGUCAUCCAAGUCACUAUUAAAUAGAGAAGCAUCAACUAGAGAAAAUACAACACUGAACCGCACAGAGCCAUCAACUAGGGAGACUUCAACAAGCGAAAGUAUAAAGUUAACCCACAUGGAACCAUCUAUUCCAGCUAAUGUAGUAGCAGAGCCCCGCAGGUCUGCCAGAACCAAGAAAGUACCAGAUAGGUAUGGUUCCUGGGUAUCUCCCAUAGAGACACAAGAUGUGAACUACUAUGAUUUAACUUAA